AUGUUUCGUAGUACGACCGCGCUGCUGCUGGGCGCUCUCUCUUUAAUCGCCCUCCCCGCCGCUGCCCAGUUCCCGGGACAGACCGUCCGCUUCAGCUCCGUCCUCACCGGAGGCAUCGACGGCACCACGGGCUCCUGCAUAACCGCUACACAAAACGCGGAUGGCGCGCCCGUUGUCAUUCAGCCUUGCGGCAACAACGCGACGCAGCUCAACUCGUGGCUUGUCCCCAACGGCGUUGGUGUCCCCGGCCCGCUCAAGAUCUUCGGCGACAAGUGCCUCGACGUGAAAGACGGCGCCAAUGCAGAUGGGACAAAACUCCAGAUCUGGACGUGUGCCGCUGGAAAUACCAACCAGAUGUGGGUACCUGGCGGACAGGAAAUCCCCAUUGCAUGGUCUGGGAAGGGAAAGUGCAUCGACCUCACGAAUGGCGACACGACCGCCGGCAACCAGUUCCAAGUGUGGACUUGCGACCCACAGUCGCAGAACCCGAAUCAGCGCUUCAACAACCUUGAUGUCACCGAGCCCAAAACCCGAGCCAUCCACCCCAAGGCAGACGCAUCUAAAUGCGUCACUGCAGCGGCCCACACUGUCGGCGCCGCCGUCGUUAUUGCACCCUGCGCCACCAGCAAGACAGCUGAACAGGCGUGGUCCGCGCCUGUCGGCGGCCAGCUCGCAGUGGCCGGUGCGAGCGCAUCCGCCACGCCCCUCUGUGUCACGCCCAAAGACGACAACUUCCUCGCCGACGGCACGAAGCUCGUCUUGGCCGAAUGCGACCUGAGCGGCGGCAAGGCUGACCAGUUCUGGAGUAACCCGAACCCACAGGGAGGUGUCAUGAGCAACGGAGGGUUCGGUAAGAACGUUAUGGAUCUGACGGACGGAAACCUGACGACGGGGAACCAGCUCCAGAUCUGGUUUGGGAAUAUCUUCUCUGGGGCUGGAGACAACAUCAACCAGGACUGGACCGCGACGUAUGUCUUCUAG